CGUCAACACGCAUUUCCCGUUCCCUACCAUCAAAGCCGCGCAGAUUUUCCUUACGUAUCCUCAUCGCUCCGCCUACCUUUCCAAUGGGGAUUUUUUCAUUGCAUCCAUUUUUGUGUAUUUAAGAAAUCUCCAAGAAUUAGCAACCUGGAGGAAAGCGAGAAACACAGUGAGGAGGGAGGCCACAAAAGAAAACUAACGCGAAAGGACUCGACGCCUUUAUUUCAGCAUGCGAAGAGGCUCUCUCUAAAAGAUGACAGCGAUGGGCUAGACAGGAUUUAACAUGAUUGCAAAAUAAAAAGAUGUCUGCUCCACUCGGGCCCCGAGGCGGCCCGUCCGCUCCUCUGGCGGCCGCUGCCCUACCGGACAUGCCGGACCUGAGCCACCUCACCGAGGAGGAACGGAAGAUCAUCCUCGGUGUCAUGGACCGGCAGAAAAAGGAAGAGGAGAAAGAGCAGUCAAUGCUCAAGGUCAAAGAAGAGCCAAAGCCCCAGCCGGCGCAGUGGUUUCCCUUUAGCGGGAUCACUGAGCUGGUUAAUAACGUUCUCCAACCUCAACCAAAGUCCCCCAAUGAGAAGGAGCCUGAACCGUAAGUAAGAGUGGUUGCCUCCGCCUUGACACCCCCAACCCAUACCCCUACCCCCCCCCCCCCC